GAGCGCUCUACAGGGACGUCAUGCAGGAGAAUUAUGAGACUGUGACCUCGCUGGGACUCCCCAUUCCGAAACCUGCCCUGAUUGCCCAGCUGGAAGCAGGGGAAGAGCCGUGGGUCACCGAUCUCCAGUGCUGCGAGGAAAGGAAGAUCCCAAGAGGCACCCGCACAGAUGAUGGGAGAAUGAGUGAAAAUGAGGAGGGGAAUCCACAGCGGGAAGGUCCUGUGCAAGUGGAACUGCAGAGGAACUUUUUGAGAAGAGCUGAAGAGAACUUUUCCCAGUUCUUGGAACAGAGAAAAGCCUGGUGUAAUUGGCACAGGUCAGAGAGGAAGCUGGGAAACCACCCAAGAAAGAAAGUGCAUGAAUCCAUUGAAUGUGGUGGAGAAGACAAGGAUUCCAAAGAAACCACAACCCAGCAGACAAAUCCCAAAGAAAAGAAACCCUAUAAAUGCUUGGAAUGUGGAAAAACCUUCAAUUGGAGCUCAAAUCUUACUGCCCAUCGGAGACUGCACACGGGAGAGAAACCGUAUAAAUGCCUUGAGUGUGGGAAAAGCUUCAGUCAGUGCUCAGGCUUUACUAGCCAUAGGAGAAUCCACACAUGAGACAAACCCUAUAAGUGUCUUGAAUGUGGAAAAAGUUUCAGUGCAUCAUCAGCCCUUAUUACACAUCAGAGAACCCACACGGGAGAGAAACCCUAUAAAUGCUUGGACUGUGGGAAAAGCUUCAGUCAGCGCUCAGGCCUUAUUAGCCAUGGGAAAAUCCAUACGGGAGAGGGACCAUAUAAAUGCCUUGAGUGUGGGAAAAGUUGCAGUGCACCAUCAGCCCUUAUUACACAUCAGAGAACCCACACGGGAGAGAAACCCUAUAAAUGCCUUCAGUGUG